UUUUAUGCCUUGGGGUGAUUAUUUUUUUUUUAUUAUUAUUUUUAUCUAGCUUCCCAGAGCUCAGAACCAUGCAACUGGUUAAUUUACUCCUGAAACUAUCGCCUGGAUGUAAGGGAAAUGAAUAUCAGUCGUUAUAAUCGUGGAUGUACGAGCAUCAUCUCGUCCCGUUCGUGCUCAUGUGUCAGAAGCUUUAUUGAAUAUCCGACUCGACUCGACGGCUCUGACGGCUUUAGCUGCUGUUAGCUUCCGCCCCUGCUGGGAGAAACAACUGGGCUGAUUUCACAACCGCCAUCAGCCCCAUAAUGGCCGGAAUGCCGGAUAAUAUUCCUUUGCAGCCUGUACGGCACAAAAAACGACACGACAACAAGCAUAAAAUCGGGUGCUGCCCGUGGUCGAGGUGCUGUGGAGCAGGGGAGUUUCGCCCUCGGACAGUUUGGCUAGGCCACCCUGAGAAGAGGGAACAGCGUUACCCGAAGAACGUCAUCAAUAACCAAAAAUAUAAUUUCUUCACCUUUCUUCCUGGGGUGCUGUUUAAUCAGUUCAAAUACUUCUUUAAUCUGUACUUUCUGCUGCUGGCCUGCUCUCAGUUUGUGAACGAGCUCCGACUCGGGGCUCUCUAUACGUACUGGGUUCCACUGGGCUUUGUUUUGAUCAUCACCAUAGUGAGAGAAGCAGUGGAAGAAAUUCGAUGUUAUGUGCGGGACAAAGAGGUCAAUUCACAGAUUUACAGCAAGCUCUGUACAAGAGGAACCAUGAAGGUGAAAAGUAGUAGCAUCCAAGUCGGAGAUCUUAUCAUCGUUGAAAAGAACCAACGUGUUCCCGCUGACAUGAUCUUCCUACGGACAUCUGAAAGGAACGGCUCUUGCUUCCUGAGGACUGACCAGCUGGAUGGAGAAACAGACUGGAAACUGCGCCUCCCGGUGGCCUGCACUCAAAGACUCCCGACCGCAGCAGACCUACUACAGAUCAGGUCGUUUGUGUAUGCCGAGGAACCCAAUAUCGACAUCCAUAACUUCAUCGGUACUUUUACCAGGGAGGACGGAGACCCUCCAGUCAACGAGAGCCUGAGUAUUGAGAAUACGCUGUGGGCCAGCACUGUUGUUGCCUCAGGUACAGUGAUAGGGGUUGUGAUUUAUACCGGAAAAGAACUUCGCAGUGUUAUGAACACGUCCAAUCCAAGAAAUAAGAUUGGGCUUUUUGACUUGGAGGUAAACUGCUUAACCAAGAUUCUGUUCGGAGCCCUGGUGGUGGUUUCUCUGGUCAUGGUGGCCCUGCAACACUUCGCUGGCCGCUGGUACCUUCAAAUCUUCCGCUUCCUGUUGCUUUUUUCCAACAUAGUUCCCAUCAGUUUGCGUGUGAACCUGGACAUGGGCAAGAUGGUGUUCAGCUGGAUGAUCAAGAAAGAUUCAAAAAUCCCUGGAACUGUGGUUCGCGCCAGCACCAUCCCAGAGCAGCUUGGACGAAUCUCGUAUCUCCUCACUGAUAAGACAGGGACUCUCACACAGAACGAAAUGGUGUUCAGGCGUCUUCACCUUGGCACCGUGGCGUAUGGAAUGGAUUCCAUGGACGAAGUGCAGAGUCAUGUGUUCAGCGCUUACACUCAGCCUCCACACGACCAGCUGGCGUCUAGAGCACCGGUCACAACUAAGGUGAGGAAGACAAUCAGUAGUCGAGUGCACGAAGCGGUGAAGGCUAUCGCCCUGGUGCACAACGUGACACCGGUGUACGAGGGGAACGGCGUGACCGAGCAGGCAGAGGCCGAGCAGCACUACGAAGACACGUGCAGGGUGUAUCAAGCCUCCAGCCCUGACGAGGUGUCACUGGUCCAGUGGACAGAAAGUGUUGGACUGACUCUGGUGGGAAGAGAUCAGUCCUCUAUGCAGCUGAGGACCCCUAGUGGUCAAAUCCUCAAUUUCACCAUCCUGCAGAUUUUCCCUUUCACCUACGAGAGCAAGCGCAUGGGGAUCAUUGUGCGUGAUGAGACUACUGGAGACAUCACAUUUUAUAUGAAAGGUGCUGAUGUUGUGAUGUCCGGAAUAGUACAAUACAACGACUGGCUGGAAGAGGAGUGUGGGAACAUGGCUCGUGAAGGGCUGCGAGUCCUCGUGGUGGCUAAGAAAUCUCUGACAGAGGAGCAGUACCAGGAUUUUGAGGCGCGCUACGUCCAGGCCAAGCUGAGCGUCCAUGACCGCUCACUUAAGGUAGCCACGGUCCUCGAGAGUUUGGAGAUGGAGAUGGAGCUGCUGUGUCUGACUGGGGUGGAGGACCAGCUGCAGGCUGAUGUGAGGCCAACGCUGGAGAUCCUCCGCAAUGCUGGCAUUAAAGUAUGGAUGCUGACAGGAGACAAACUGGAGACAGCCACUUGCACAGCCAAGAAUGCCCACUUGGUGACCCGUAAUCAGGACGUCCACGUCUUUAGGCCUGUGACCACACGGGGCGAGGCCCACCUCGAGCUCAACGCUUUCAGGAGGAAGCACGACUGUGCUCUGGUAAUAUCAGGAGACUCUCUUGAGGUAUGCCUGAAGUAUUAUGAGUAUGAGUUUAUGGAGCUGGCGUGCCAGUGCCCAGCUGUGGUGUGCUGUCGCUGUGCUCCAACACAGAAAGCUCAGAUCGUGAGGCUGCUGCAGGAGCGCACAGGCAAACUCACGUGUGCUGUGGGGGACGGAGGAAAUGAUGUCAGCAUGAUCCAGGAAGCUGACUGUGGCGUGGGAGUGGAAGGCAAAGAGGGAAAGCAGGCUUCACUCGCUGCUGAUUUUUCAGUGACUCAGUUCAAACAUCUGGGCAGACUGCUCAUGGUGCAUGGACGAAACAGCUACAAGAGAUCGGCUGCCCUCAGUCAGUUUGUCAUUCACAGGAGCCUCUGUAUCAGUACCAUGCAGGCCGUCUUCUCCUCCGUUUUCUACUUCGCAUCAGUUCCUCUCUACCAAGGCUUUCUCAUCAUCGGCUACUCGACGAUCUACACCAUGUUUCCUGUUUUCUCCCUGGUUUUGGAUAAAGAUGUGAAAUCUGAGGUGGCUAUGCUUUAUCCUGAACUCUACAAGGAUCUACUAAAGGGUCGACCUCUUUCCUACAAAACUUUCCUCAUAUGGGUUUUGAUAAGUAUCUACCAAGGCAGCAUCAUCAUGUACGGCGCCCUGCUGCUCUUUGAGUCAGAGUUUGUGCACAUCGUGGCAAUUUCAUUCACCUCUCUGAUCUUGACCGAGCUGCUCAUGGUGGCACUGACAGUGCAGACGUGGCACUGGCUCAUGAUUGUGGCCGAGCUCCUGAGUCUGGCUUGCUACAUCGCUUCACUCGUCUUCUUACACGAAUUCAUCGAUGUCUAUUUUAUCACCACGCUGUCGUUCGUUUGGAAGGUGACCGUCAUCACGCUGGUCAGCUGCUUGCCUCUGUACAUCCUGAAAUACCUGCGCAGACGCUUCUCACCUCCCAGCUACUCCAAGCUGACCUCCUAGAGACGAUCAAGAAAUGUAAACAGAAAGACGCAUUUCCUGGGUGUGUUUUUUUUAUUUAUUUUUUUUUAAUUAUUAUACAUUUUUUGGUCAUGUGGGUGACUGAAGCAAUUUGCACAGGCUUUUGUUUUUCUAUUAAAAGCAGCGAGAAUGUCAAAGGGCCAUUCUGGAAGGUGUGUCUCAAAUAUAAUGCAUGAAUCUUCUCAUUUGUGCCAUUUGCAGUCACACCACAGCUAUGAAGCUGAGCCGGGCUCCUAAAGGGCCUUCAGAGCUGAAUCAUGAGGGUACUUUCAUGCUUGAUUGCUCGAGUGAGUCACUCACUAGUGAGGGCUAAACAUGCGGGUUACUGUAGCUACGGUGCGCACCGGAGCUUUUGAGAAUCCUGAGAGAAAUUAAUUUCGACUUCAUUUAUUUUACAAAGAAGGUAUAGGGAAAAGAGAGGAAAUUAAUUUAAUUAAAAAUUAAUUAAUUAAUUUUGGUUCAAGGGGGGCACGGUGGCUUAGUGGUUAGCACGUUCGCCUCACACCACCAGGGUUGGGGGUUCGAUUCCCACCUCCACCUUGUGUGUGUGGAGUUUGCAUGUUCUCCCCAUGCCUCGGGGGUUUCCUCCGGGUACUCCGGUUUCCUCCCCCGGUCCAAAGACAUGCAUGGUAGGUUGAUUGGCAUCUCUGGCAAAUUGUCCGUAGUGUGUGAGUGAAUGAGUGUGUGUGUGUGCCCUGCGAUGGGUUGGCACUCCAUCCAGGGUGUAUCCUGCCUUGAUGCCCGAUGACGCCUGAGAUAGGCACAGGCUCCCCGUGACCCGAGGUCAUUCGGAUAAGCGGUAGAAGAUGAAUGAAUGAAUGAAUGAAUGAAUUUUGGUUCAGACUUGAUCAUUUGAAAGGUAUUGCUGUGGAAAGUAUUCUAGAAAUUAAAUAUAUUGAAUAUAAAGUGAUUGUAAGUGUGUGUGCGCGCCCCUGUAGUGUAGUCGAUCUGUUUAGAUUAGCAUGUCGUCUCAGACGGUGGUGUUGGUUGGACGUAAGGUCACUGAAUACCAUUGUGUUGUGUCUAAAGACCAUGAUGAGUAUAACACACCACAAACAAACUGCUAUUUCAGCUCCCGUUUCUGCUCCCUCUAACCUUGUCCACUCUUGCGGUGACCUCUGGUUUCCCUCUGUCUCUGUGCAUGAAUGAGUAGAUUUCAGACAGAGCACUAACCACUUUUCCUUUUUCUACUACACUUAGUCUACGUCUCUCACAGCUCCAAAACUCUUUGUGCAUUGUCUACAUUUCACAUCAGGAUUGUACAUAAGCUAAACGAUCUAAUGUAUGCACUUAAUAUUGAUUAACUGUGUUUCAGCGUGUGGAUUCGUUCAAACGUCUUUUUUUUUUUUUUGGUAAGGUAACAAAGGUGACACUCUGACCAUGUGCCAUAUUGACCACUUUUCUUGCAGUCAGGGGUGACAACAUUUAUGGUUUUGCUAUUGCAUUUACGAUUUUGGAGCUCUUUUAUGGAGACAUGUGAACACUAGACUUUUGUGUUAUUUUAGCUAAAGCAACAAUCCAAGCAAGAUUAACGUUCACCGAAGGGGAAAGGACGAGGGACGUACGUGCGUACAGCUAGCAUCCGAUUCUGUUUCAUGUCGACUUCAUGCAGUGUUAGUCUUAAACUUGUAACUCUGACCUCCGACUUGGGAAGUCGUGCUCAUCCCCGAGUUCAAAAUGGCCACUAACAACAUUUAACACUAAAGUAUCAGUUUUUCAUUUUUCUAGGGUUAUGUGGUAUAAACUGGUAUUUUCGUGAGAUCAGUCAGAGUUAAAUAACAGAGUCUGUACAGUUUGCUUGUUUUUGAAGGAAACAAUACACAGUUAGUUUGUAGUUUUUCCCCCCAUUUGUGGCUUGAACUCAGAGCUCAAAAAAGACGUCAACCCACUUUUGAGUUUAUAAGUAUAUUCACAAGCCACGGUUUUGUGAACCAGUAUAAAACAAGAAGGUGUUGAUGGUUUAUGUUUGUUCUCCUUUAAAAGACCUUGUAAAAAAAUACAGGAUUUUUCUCUCUGAUGCUUGUUGUUAGCAGUGUUGGUACUUCUGCAUGCAAAAAGAUUUCUUUGUUUUAUAAGGACUCCAAUUUGUCCUCCUGGGUGCAAUAAAUUACAUUCAAGAAGGGAAUAGCUUAAUAAUAAAUUAAGGGAUAUUUAAACAUAACAAAUCCAUAUCACACGUAUUACAGUAAAUAAUCACUGAUUAAUUAUAAUGAUCAUUCAAACAGGUAACAUAUCAAGAACAAAUUGUCUUUGCUUUGAUUUGUGUUCACAGGCAUUGUACUACUGCUGACUUUGCAGUUGGACCUAGACUAGUGUACAAUGCCAUGUACUUCAUGUGAUUUCUGUUCUGUUCUUGUUAUUCGUUUUGUAAAUGUCCAAACUACUUUUUAUUAGUUGAUGACUUGUGAAUUGCUGUAUUGUAAAUAACAAACAAAAAAAAAAGCAUUUUAUUUAUUAACAUUUCUAAUUUGCGUUGGAAUUUGCACACUGAUAAAUAAUUGCCGAACAAAAAAGGGACAAAAUAACCGAGUGUCCGUGGCGUCUAAAUAAAGUAGGAGUUUUCUUAUCAUGGA